UAGGGCAUGACAAAGAGAGAAAAUUCAAAAAAUAGAACAAGGUUAAAAUGUGCUUUAGGUGAGCAAGGAAGAAGACACGAUGGUAUGUGUCAGCACCAAGAUGCUUAUAAAAUAUAGUCACCAUUACAAACAUUUGCUGAAAAAAGGGGAUUUGGAAAAUCAUUUCUAGUGUACCUGUCGUUCGACUUUUCUUAUUCUUGCUUAGAGAAAGAGAAACGGGAAGAUUCAUUCUUUUCAUAUCUUAAUUUUGAACUUUUGAACAACAAAAAUUGAGUAUAAAUUAGGAUCUUCUACUUCAGAUCAAUAGACAAAAUGUUAGAAGGAAAAGGUGUAAUUGAAGAUACAGAUAUGCCUGUGAAGAUGCAGAUCCAGGCUAUGCGUUGGGCUUCUCAAGCUUUGGAUGUUUAUGAUGUUUUGGACUACAGAUCCAUUGCUGCUCAUAUUAAGAAGGAGUUUGACAAGAAAUAUGGGGGUGGCUGGCAGUGUGUGGUGGGAUCAAAAUUUGGAUGUUUCUUCACUCAUACUAAAGGAACAUUUAUCUAUUUCACCUUGGAGACUCUUAACUUCCUCAUCUUCAAAGGAGCCACUUCUACUUGAUGAGCUUUUGAUUGUGAAAACAGGACUUGUAAUUACUCUUUAGCUUAAAGUUUUCAUUGUUAUGACUUGUGGAAAUAUGUAAAUUUUUUGGCCAAUUUCCGCAUAGCAAACUAGUAGUUUAUAUUGCACAAGUUAAAUGAGAGACGAAUAUGGGCAUAUCUUGCUUCCCUAUCAAAGAGCUUUCUCAAUACAUAAAAAGGAGAAAUUUUUGAA